AAAUACAAAAACACCAAGUAAUGGUAAUUCAGUAGAAAUUAAUUAGUGUAGGCGAAUACUAAUCGCGCUGAACGAAGGUUGGUUUUAAGUGUGGAGUCGGGACGUAGGAAGUUAAGGAAACACCGUAAAUUAAAGUAAGCAGUUGAAGCAAUAAUGGGUCGAGCCGUCACAUGGCUCACUGUCAUCGCUGUUAUAGUGAUCACAGCGCCGAUCGCAAUCGGUCAAACUAACCCUGAACAAAAAGGCACAGCGCAAAAUCAACAGAAUGGCAAUGCCAAAGAAGGAGAUCAUACGAAUAUUCUGCACUCAGUUAGCCAACCAAAGCUCUUAGGGAAUCUACUCCAAAUCUUGGGUGGUGUAGUCGAUAGUUUAGGCGGCUCUCAAUCUGCGGAUACUAACCAGAAUCCACAAGCAAAGGUGGUUGCCAAUAAACAACAAGGAUCAGAUUACGAUUACGACUACUCUGAUGGCGAGGAGAAACCUCUAUUAAGUGUCUGUUUGAAACUGCUUAGCGCAGCUACCAAGGAACCUCCAGAAAGUGGUGGGCGCGGUCUUCUGAGUAAUAUAAUACGCAUCCUACGUAAUUUACUGGGUAAUUUGCUAGGCGGGAAAGGUGGUGAUGCUACCCAAAGUUCCGGUUUAUUGGAUCUGGGUGUUGUAGUGGAUCUGGGAGGCGACGGAGGCACUGGUUCAAUCCCCACCGAUCCUGAUCAUCUAGUAAAUGUUUGUCUAAAUCUUAUACUGGGCGAUAUACUUGGCGUACUAGCUGAUCUACUGAAAGGCUUUAAUAGUACGUUACCGUGCCCCACGAUGCCAACGCAAACGCAAACAUCCAUAACAACACUUUUAACCACAACUAUAGACCCAACCGUCUUUACGACGUUAUUAUCGACUCUACAGACAACCACAGAAGCAUUGACUGAGAUUUCAAGCACGUUAUCACCAACCACUGCUUUGCAAACCUCACCAUUUUCACUAACACCAACAACAAAAGACCCAACAGCGCCAAAUACACUAACACCAACUACUUCACAACCAACAACAUUAGCAGCCACAACAGAACCACCCACAACACCAACUACUUCACAACCACCAACAGUAGCACCCACAUCUGAUCCACCCACCACACCAUCUACGUCACAACCAGCAACACUAGCACCCACAACAGAACCGCCCACAACACCAACUACUUCACAACCGACAACAUUGGCACCCUCAACUGAACCACCCAUAACACCAACUACUUCACAACCAACAACAUUAGCACCCACAACAGAACCUCCCACCACACCAACUACUUCACAACCAACAACAUUAGCACCCACAACAGAACCUCCCACCACACCAACUACUUCACAACCAACAACAUUGGCGCCCACAACUGAACCACCCACCACACCAACUACUUCACAACCAACAACAUUUGCACCCACAACAGAACCUCCCACCACACCAACUACUUCACAACCAACAACAUUAGCACCCACAACAGAACCUCCCACCACACCAACUACUUCACAACCAACAACAUUAGCACCCACUACAGAACCUCCCACCACACCAACUACUUCACAACCAACAACACUAGCACCCACAACAGAACCUCCCACCACACCAACUACUUCACAACCAACAACAUUAGCACCCACAACAGAACCUCCCACCCCACCAACUACUUCACAACCAACAACAGAACCUCCCACCACACCAUCUACUUCACAACCAACAACAUUAGCACCCACAACAGAACCUCCCACCACACCAACAACUUCACAACCAACAACAUUAGCACCCACACCAGAACCUCCCACCACACCACCUACUUCACAACCAACAACAUUAGCACCCACAACAGAACCUCCCACCACACCAACUACUGUACAACCUACAACUUUGGCACCCACAACAGAACCUCCCCCCACACCAACUACUUCACAACCAACAACAUUAGCACCCACUACAGAACCUCCCACAACGGAACCUCCCACCACACCAACUACUUCACAACCAACAACAUUAGCACCCACAACAGAACCUCCCACCACACCAACAACUUCACAACCAACAACAUUGGCACCCACAACAGAACCUCCCACCACACCGACUACUUCACAACCAACAACAUUAGCACCCACAACAGAACCUCUCACCACACCAACUACUUCACAACCAACAACAUCGGCACCCGCAACGGAACCUCCCACCACACAAACUACUUCACAACCAACAACAUCGACACCCACAACAGAACCUCCCACCACACCAACUACUUCACAACCAAAAACAUUGGCACCCACAACGGAACCUCCCACCACACCAACUACUUCACAACCAACAACAUUAGCACCCACAACAGAACCUCCCACCACACCAACUACUUCACAACCAAAAACAUUGGCACCCACAACGGAACCUCCCACCACACCAACUACUUCACAACCAACAACAUUAGCACCCACAACAGAACCUCCCACCACACCAACAACUUCACAACCAACAACAUUAGCACCCACACCAGAACCUCCCACCACACCACCUACUUCACAACCAACAACAUUAGCACCCACAACAGAACCUCCCACCACACCAACUACUGUACAACCUACAACUUUGGCACCCACAACAGAAUCUCCCCCCACACCAACUACUUCACAACCAACAACAUUAGCACCCACUACAGAACCUCCCACAACGGAACCUCCCACCACACCAACUACUUCACAACCAACAACAUUAGCACCCACAACAGAAACUCCCACCACACCAACAACUUCACAACCAACAACAUUGGCACCCACAACAGAACCUCCCACCACACCACCUACUUCACAACCAACAACAUUGGCACUCACAACUGAACCACCCACCACAUCAACUACUUCACAACCAACAACAUUAGCACCCACAACAGAACCUCCCACCACACCAACUACUUCACAACCAACAACAUUAGCACCCACAACAGAACCACCCACCACACCAACUACUUCACAACCAACAACAUUAGCACCCACAACAGAACCUCCCACCACACCAACUACUUCACAACCAACAACAUUAGCACCCACAACAGAACCUCCCACCACACCGACUACUUCACAACCAACAACAUUAGCACCCACAACAGAACCACCAACCACGCCAACUACUUCACAACCUACAACUUUGGCACCCACAACUGAACCACCCACCACACCAACUACUUCACAACCAACAACAUUAGCACCUACUACAGAACCUCCCACCACACCAACUUCUUCACAACCAACAACAUUAGCACCGAAAACAGAACCACCCACCACACCAACUACUCCACAGCCAACAACAUUAGCACCAACAACACAACCUUCUACCACACCAACUACUUCACAACCAACAACAUUGGCACCCACAACUGAACCAACCACCACACCAACUACUUCACAAUCAACUUCUAUUUCACCAAUCACAACAGUACCUCCAACAACUCCAACUACUUCACAACCAACAACAAUGGCAGCCACAACCGAACCACCCACCACACCAACUACUUCACAACCAACAACAUUAGCACCCACAACAGAACCUCCCCCCACACCAACUACUUCACAACCAACAACAUUGGCACCCACAACAGAACCUCCCACCACACCAACUACUUCACAACCAACAACAUUGGCACCCACAACGGAACCACCCACCACACCAACUACUUCACAAUCAACUUCUACUUCACAACCCACAACACUACCUCCAACAACUCCAACUACUUCACAACCAACAACAAUGGCACCCACAACCGAACCACCCACCACACCAACUACUUCACAACCAACAACAUUAGCACCCACAACAGAACCUCCCACCACACCAACUACUUCACAACCAACAACAUUGGCACCCACAACGGAACCUCCCACCACACCAACUACUUCACAACCAACAACAUUAGCACCCACAACAGAACCUCCCACCACACCAACUGCUUCACAACCAACAACAUUAGCACCCACAACAGAACCACCCACCACACCAACUACUCCACAGCCAACAACAUUAGCACCAACAACAGAACCACCCACCACACCAACUGAUUCACAACCAACAACAUUAGCACCCACAACAGAACCUCCCACCACACCAACUACUCCACAGCCAACAACAUUAGCACCAACAACAGAACCACCCACCACACCAACUACUUCACAACCAACAACAUUAGCACCCACAACAGAACCUCCCACCACACCAACUGCUUCACAACCAACAACAUUAGCACCCACAACAGAACCUCCCACCACACCAACUACUUCACAACCAACAACAUUGGCACCCACAACUGAACCACCCACCACACCAACUACUUCACAAUCAACUUCUACUUCACCACCCACAACAGUACCUCCAACAACUCCAACUACUUCACAACCAACAACAAUGGCACCCACAACCGAACCACCCACCACACCAACUACUUCACAACCAACAACAUUAGCACCCACAACAGAACCUCCCAGCACACCAACUACUUCACAACCAACAACAUUGGCACCCACAACGGAACCUCCCACCACACCAACUACUUCACAACCAACAACAUUAGCACCCAUAACAGAACCUCCCACCACACCAACUACUUCACAACCAACAACAUUAGCACCUACUACAGAACCCACCACACCAACUACUUCACAACCAACAACAUUAGCACCCACAACAGAACCACCCACCACACCAACUACUCCACAGCCAACAACAUUAGCACCAACAACAGAACCUCCUACCACACCAACUACUUCACAAUCAACUUCUACUUCACCACCCACAACAGUACCUCCAACAACUCCAACUACUUCACAACCAACAACAAUGGCACCCACAACCGAACCACCCACCACCCCAACUACUUCACAACCAAAAACAUUAGCACCCACAACAGAACCUCCCACCACACCAACUACUUCACAACCAACAACAUUGGCACCCACAACAGAACCUCCCACCACACCAACUACUUCACAACCAACAACAUUGGCACCCACAACAGAACCUCCCACCACACCAACUACUUCACAACCAACAACAUUGGCACCCACAACUGAAUUACCCACCACACCAACUACUUCACAAUCAACUUCUACUUCACCACCCACAACAGUACCUCCAACAACUCCAACUACUUCACAACCAACAACAAUGGCACCCACAACCGAACCACACACCACACCAACUACUUCACAACCAACAACAUUAGCACCCACAACAGAACCUCCCACCACACCAACUACUUCACAACCAACAACAUUAGCACCCAUAACGGAACCUCCCACCACACCAACUACUUCACAACCAACAACAUUAGCACCCACAACAGAACCUCCCACCACACCAACUACUUCACAACCAACAACAUUAGCACCCACAACAGAACCUCCCACAACACCAACUACUUCACAACCAACAACAUUAGCACCCACAACAGAACCGCCCACAACACCAACAACAUUUGCACCAACAACAGAACCACCCACCACACCAAUUACUUCACAACCAACAACUUUGGCACCCACCACAUCAACUACUUCACAAUCAACAUCUACUUCACCAUCCACAACAGUACCUCCAACAACUCCAACUACUUCACAACCAACAACAAUGGCACCCACAACCGAACCACCUACCACACCAACUACUUCACAACCAACAACAUUAGCACCCACAACAGAACCUCCCACCACACCAACUACUUCACAACCAAUAACAUUAACACCCACAACACCAACAACAUUAGCACCAACAACAGAACCACCCACCACACCAAUUACUUCACAACCAACAACUUUGGCACCCACCACAUCGACUACUUCACAAUCAACAUCUACUUCACCAUCCACAACAGUACCUCCAACUACUUCACAACCAACAACAAUGGCACCCACAACCCAACCACCCACCACACCAACUACUUCACAACCAACAACAUUAGCACCCACAACAGAACCUCCCACAACACCAACUACUUCACAACCAACAACAUUAGCACCCACAACAGAACCGCCCACAACACCAACAACAUUAGCACCAACAACAGAACCACCCACCACACCAAUUACUUCACAACCAACAACUUUGGCACCCACCACAUCAACUACUUCACAAUCAACAUCUACUUCACCAUCCACAACAGUACCUCCAACAACUCCAACUACUUCACAACCAACAACAAUGGCACCCACAACCGAACCACACACCACACCAACUACUUCACAACCCACAACAUUAGCACCCACAACAGAACCUCCCACCACACCAACUACUUCACAACCAACAACAUUGGCACCCACAACGGAACCUCCGACCACACCAACUACUUCACAACCAACAACAUUAGCACCCACAACAGAACCUCCCACCACACCAACAACUUCACAACCAGCAACAUUAGCACCCACAACAGAACCUCCCACCACGCCAACUACUUCACAACCAACAACAUUAGCACCCACAACAGAACCUCCCACCACACCAACUACUUCACAACCAACAACAUUUGCACCCAUGACGGAACCUCCCACCACACCAACUACUUCACAACCAACAACAUUAGCACCAACAACAGAACCUCCCACCACACCAACAACAUUGGCACCCACAACUGAACCACCCACCACACCAACUACUUCACAACCAACAACAUUAGCACCCACAACACCAACUAUUUCACAACCAACAACAUUAGCACCUACUACAGAACCACCCAGUACACCAACUACUCCACAACCAACAACAGAACCACCCACCACACCAACUACUUCACAACCAACAACAUUUGCACCCACAACAGAACCGCCCACAGCACCAACUACACCACAACCAACAACAUUAGCACCAACAACAGAACCUCCUACCACACCAACUACUUCACAACCAACAACAUUAGCACCUCCUACAGAACCACCCACCACACCAAUUACUUCACAACCAACAACAUUAGCACCCAUAACAGAACCACCCACCACGCCAACUGCUUCACAACCUACAACUUUGGCACCCAGCACAUCAACUACUUCACAACCGACUACAUUAGCACCCACAACAGAACCACCCACCACACCAACUACUUCACCACCCACAGCAGAACCUCCAACUACUUCACAACCAACAACAAUGCCACCCCCCACACCAACUACUUCACAACCAACAACAUUAGUACCAAUAACAGAACCACCUACAACUCCAACCACUUCACAACCAACAAUACCAACGCUUCCCACAACUGGGCCUACAACUGUAUUAACUACCUUACGUACAACAACUUUGUCACCUAGUGAGUCAACAACUGAGGAAUCAACAGAACCGGCCACACCUAGGUUAUUAACAACGCUUUCGACUACCACACCCUCAGUUUCCACAACAUUACCACCCAUUAUAUCAACUUUGUCAACAAAUCUUCCAAGUACGACUCUUAAUACUAAUGAACCCACGGAAAUAACAUCCACUCUGCCAACGACUCUGCCCACAUCAACCACUCCUACACCAACGCCAACACCAAUAACAACAUUGCCCAUAAUUAUAUUCUACCCAUAUCCAUGGUUCGUGCCAUUUUAUCCCUUCCCCUUCCUAUUUUUCGAUUGCUUCCAAGUACAGGAUAGCAGUGGAGGGUUGCCGAUUGGAGUUACGCGGAUGCUCUGUGUACCGAGGUUACCAUUUCCGCCAACACCGCAGCUGGGAACCUCCGGGUAAUCAGAGGUGGUUAUUAUUUUCGUUACUUCACUUAGUUACAUGUUGUAAUUAGUAUAGUUUAGUUAAAUUAAUGGAUAAUCCGAGCUGGUAUUAUAGACUCCUAGCAAAUUUACUGAAUUACCGAAUCGUUUUUGUAUAAUAUAUUUUUUAUAUUUACUUGACACUUAGUAUAAUAUUCAUUAGAAGAAAUAAAUAUUAACGAUUAAAAUCAAUUUGCAAACGAAUUUAUUUGAAAUUUUGUUUGGGGAUAUCUUGAGCUUAUAAUUCAUGGAUCAUAUUUAAUCCUGAAACAUGGGCUUC